AUGACUACACUUUACGUCUCUGAUGUGGACGGAUCUAUCACAGAGGAAAAACUUAAAAACCUUUUUGACCCUUUUGGGGUUGUUCUCAAGUUUUAUGUGAUUGAAAAUGGCGGAAAGAAAACAUGGAUAGGGAGUGACGGCACAGCAACAAUCAAAAAGUCGUGCAAAGGACCAAACGAUUUCUUUUACGCUUUUGUCGAAUAUGGCAAAGAGGAAGAAGCUUCGAAGGCGCUCAAAGCUAUGGACCAGUACGAAAUAGCAGGUAAACGCCUCAACGUCAAGUUCGCGAAAUUGAAGGAAGGCAAGAGCUUCAGUCGACACUCACCACCACCUUUGCGCGAUUAUGACCGCGACGACAGAGAUUUUGAAAGAGGAAGAAGAGAAGACAGAGAUUCAUAUCGUCCUCUAUCACCAAGAAACAGAAGCCGAUCAACAGAAAGACCAAUGAGAAGAGAACAACGGGACGAGAGAGACGACUAUUUCAGAGAUAGACCACUCGACCGAUCCAGAGAUGAUCGUGACUUUUAUAGAGAUAGUCGUGAUAGCAAUCGAAACUAUCCAGAUAGAUUUUCUGAUCAAAGAAGUGGGACAAUGUUAAGAGCCCCAGAUAGGGUUGAGAGACGGUAUGACGAUUUUCCAGUGAGAGGGUACAGAGAUAGGUUUGACGACAGAAAUGAACGAAACGAAAGGAGCGAAAAGCGAGACGAAAACUCGUUCAGGCGAGUUGACAGAUUCGAAAAGUUUGAUAGAGCAGCCAGGUACUCGACCAAUACACAGGACGAACCAAUCUAUCCGCGACAAGACAGAUUUGAAAGGAAAAACUUACUGCGGGACGAAUCAAGAACGUACGAAGAUCGUAUACCAGUGGAUCGAUUUGGUGGCGAACGGAGAGACCGGAUGAGCAACUUUUCAGAGAGAGUUCCAGUUGAUAGGUUUGGACGAGACCGGGAAAGGACCCCGUACGAUCGACAAAGCACUGAUGGACCAACUACCGACAGAGGCAGCGACAGAAUGGACGUUGAUAGAAUGAGGGUCCCUGACGGUUUGAGAAGGGAAGAGAGGGAACAACCACCAAGAGAACCGUACAUUAGAGACAGAUUCGAUAGCAGGGGUUAUUGA